UUAACUUAAAUACGGCAUUAGCUGAAUAAUAGAAAGUCAUGAUGUUUAAAAGAAAGAAUAGAUAUGUCUUAGCACUUUAUCAGUUUAUCAUUUUAUUUAGAUCUAUCUUUAGGCUUAUUUAAUUUAAGGCUUUUGUACAUAUUGGGUAUGGAAAAAUAUUCAAAAGGGUCCUAUAUGUCAGGGGUUUUCAGAAUCAAAGACAGUGGGCCUCCUUUUUGACACAACAUACAUUUGCCUACUUUUAUCAACUGUGUUAACAUUAAAAAUUAAAAGUUAGGUUAUUAUCUCAAUAAUAACGUUGUGUUUUCUGACCGUUUUUUCAAAGGCUAUAAGGUAUUUUAGUCACGUGGUGUGAAAGCGGUGCUGUGCAGACCGACAGGUGUAUGACAUUAAAGUAUCGCAAGAGUGGUUCUAGAGCAUAUUCGAGGGCACACUCUCGCGGUAUUUUGGUGUGUGUGUGUGUGUGUGUGCGUGCACAGAGAGAUGUCAGUCAAAAGUCAUUUCUUUUCGGUUCUAAUUCUUCAUUCUUCUCAGCAACACUUUGCAAACUAACUGAUGUUUCUCUAUCAGCGCACAUGUUUGCGAAAUUAACAAGUGGAUAAUCGGGGCAUUGAUAAGGACAUGCCUACAAACUAUUUUAGGCCAAUUAAAAGUCUUUAUUCGCUCCUCACAACGUAACAUGCAACAAACACCCCUUGAACACCCAGAAGAUUUUUUUUGGUAAUGGCAGCUUUGAACAAUCGUGACCUCUCUAAUCAUAAUCGAUUAAUUGUGCAGCCCUAGUUAAGACUCUGGGUUACUGAUCAGAAGGCUGGAGGUUCCAAGCCCAAGCUGCUAGUGUUGAGCACUUGAGCAAGUUUCUGAACCCUCUGUACUCCAGGGAUGCUGUAACAUGGCUGACCCUGUGCUCUAAUACCAGCUGAGAUCUUCACCUCUAACCCCAGCUUUCUAACAAGCUUGGAUAUGUGGGAGAAACUUCACUGUGCUGUAAAGUACAGUGAUCAGCCAUAACAUUAUGACCACCUGCCUAAUAUUGUGUUGUUCCCCCUUUUGCUGCCAAAACAGCUCUGACCCGUCAACGCUUGGACUCCACUAGAUCCCCGAAGGUGUUGCUGUGGUAUCUGGCACCAAGAUGUUAGCAGCAGAUCCUUUAAGUUCUGUAAGUUGCGAGGUGGGGCCUCUAUGGAUCGGACUUGUUUGUCCAGGACAUCUUACAGAUGCUCGAUUGGAUUGAGAUCUGGGGAAUUUGGAGGCCAAGUCAACACCUCAAACUAGUUGUUGUGGUCAUCAAACCAUUCCUGAACCAUUUUUGUUUUGUGGCACGGUGCAUUAUCCUGCUGAAAGAGGCCACAGCCAUCAGGGAAUACUGUUUCCAUGAAAGGGUGUACAUGGUCUGUAACAAUGCUUAGGUAGGUGGUACGUGUUAAAGUAACAUCCAGAUGGAUGGCAGGACCCAAGGUUUCCCAGCAGAACAUUGCCCAAAGUAUGACACUGCCUCCACCGGCUUGCCUUCUUCCCAUAGUGCGUCCUGGUGCCAUGUAUUCCCCAGGUAAGCGAUACACACACACCCGGCCAUCCAUGCGAUUUAAAAGAAAAUGUGAUUCAUCAGACAAGGCCACAUUCUUCCAUUGCUCCUGUUGGUCCAGUUCUGUUGCUCACUUGCCUAUUGUUGGCACUUUUGGUGGUGCACAGGGGUCAGCAAACCAGUCAAGGGUCUGCGGCUAUGCAGCCCCAUACACAACAAACUGUGAUGCACUGUGUAUUCUGACACCUUUCUAUCAGAACCAGCAUUAACGUCUUCAGCAAUUUGAGCAACAGUAGCUCAUCUGUUAUAUCAGACCACACGGGCCAACCUUCGCUCCCCACGUGCAAUCAGUGAGCCUUGGCCACACAUGACCCUGUCACCACUGUUCCUUCCUUGGAACACAUUUGAUAGAUACUGACCAAUGCAGACCGAGAACACCCCACAGUACCUGCAGUUUUGGAGAUUCUCUUCAGCUGUCAGUGGUCAUAAUAUUAUGGCUGAUCAGUGUAUAUGUGACAAAUAAAGACUUAGCAUGACCUCAAGAUGACCCUGUCUCGUGAAGAAUCCUUCGUGGAUUUGAGAAGAUGGCUUAAACAAAAAGGAUUCAGUUCUAAGUGUUUAAUUCCAGCAAGCUUUACAGAUACAGGAAGAGGCCUGAUGGCUGCACAACCCAUUAAGGCCAAUGAGUUGGUGAUUUCCUUACCCGAGAGGUGUUUGCUGACUACGAGCUCGGUUCUGAAGAGUUACAUGGGGGAAUACAUAAAGAGGUGGAAGCCUCCAGUAUCUCCUCUCACCGCACUUUGUUCAUUCCUUAUCUCUGAGAGAUAUUUUGGAGACAUUGCAGAAUGGAGCCCAUAUAUUAAAGUCCUCCCUAAAUCCUAUACAUGCCCAGUUUAUUUCUCAAAUGACAUCAUGGACCUCUUGCCUCUAGAUGUUCGAAUAAAGGCGGUGUCACAAAAAGAACAGUUAGAGGAGCUUUAUUCCUCUUCGCUGCCAUUCUUCUUGUCCCUUCAACCCAUUUUUACUGAGCCUGUAGAAGGUGUGUUUACUCAGGAUGCAGUCCGGUGGGCAUGGUGCAGCGUAAAUACUCGUACGGUGUAUAUGGAGCACGCCCAGAGCGAUUUCCUCUCACGGGAGAAGAAUGUCUUUGCCCUGGCACCCUAUCUGGACUUACUGAACCAUUGUCCUGAUGUACAGGUUCAUGCAGGGUUCAGUGAGCUGUCCCGUUGCUACGAGAUCAGAAGUGUUCACGGCUGUAAAAAAUUCCAGCAAGCCUUCAUCUGCUACGGUCCCCAUGACAACCAGCGUCUCCUUUUGGAAUACGGUUUUGUUGCCCCUGGUAAUCCGCACAGCGUGGUGUACAUUGACUUGGGUACUCUGAAGCUGUGUUUUAACGAAGUAGAUCGACAGCUACAGCAGAAACUUCUUUUCCUGAAGGACAAUGAUUUUCUAAGAAACCUGACCUUUGGUGUAGAUGGGCCUUCAUGGAGGCUGAUGACGGCACUUAGGCUGCUGUCCCUGAAGCCAGAACAAUACUCCUGUUGGAAAAGUAUCCUCCUGGGGGCACCAGUGAGCCAGGACAGAGAGGACUGGUGCAUCCACAAGGCUCAGAUGCUGUGCCAGCAUCUCUGUGAUGACAAUAGCAAUUCACUGUUGAGGAUAGCUCAGCUGAAAGGCGGUGUCGAGGGCGCUCGGCUGGAGCAGCUCUGUGUGGUCGAGACCCUGAGACUCGAGGAACGAGCGGUUUUAGAACGCUCCGAACAAGUUCUCCGAAACCUUCUGCCUCAGCCAUCGCCAUGGCAACCGAACAGUAUCGAGAACAUGGAACAUUAAAGGAGCCAGAGGAUAUUGUCACUACUCGUGUUCCUGCCAAGACCCGGACAACUGAGCCAAGUCGGAGCAAAGGGAACUUUUGACAUUUCUUGGUGUGGAAAAUAGCCAGUCACUAUGGAAGCCUUGGAGUUUAGUCUGUCUGUCUUUAAAAAUAGGCAGAUUCUUUUUGCGCUGCUGGAUCUUUCAUUAUCAUCACACAAAUAUGGAACAGACUUGGUCUAAACACGAGCAUGCCCGUGUGGAAACGUCUGGAAUGGACAUGAAGAGAAGGGUAUUAAUGGUCUAGCAGCCCUGUGUUUUUCAGAAAUCGAAAGAUUUACAUCAAUUUAAGGUUUCAUUUUUCCACAUCAGAUUAUUUGCUGUUAAAAAAAGCCUUCAAGUGGAUUGUUUUGUACUACUGUGUACUUCACCACCACAGGCUGAGAAAGAUACUGAAAUAACACUGGGGCUGAAUUUCCCCUUGCCCAGACUGUAGAUUCAUGCCUAUUAGUGUGAGAGAAAUGCUCUCUAGAUUUCACAUGCAGAUGCACGAAAAGCAUGAAAUUCAGUCACAUAUGUAAUAAACAUAUUAAAAACAAGCUGUAUUGAUUAAUCCACCAUCCUAAGUUACAUUAUGGUUGGUAUUCUGUAGAAACACCACUUUAAUCUAAUACAUUAAUGCGAAUUUUCUAGUUUUCAAUCAAGUUAAGCAUGAUUUGGCAAGCUCCAGAUUUUAACAAUAAACUAAGCACACGCUGUGGAUAAAACUUGUCCUAGAUUGUUGGAGAG